GGGCGGUAGCCGGGGCGCCGGAGUCCCCAGCCUGGAAGCCUAGGGAGCCGGGCAGGGACCCCGAGAGACAGCGGGCGGCGGGAGGGCCCGGGCCGCCGGGAAAGGUGGCGUUUGCUCGGCGGAAGAAACACAGAUGGCGGCGGCGCGGCGCCAUUCCGGGCCGGGAGCAGGCAGCCAGCAGCCCAGUCCUCACCGCGGUCCGCCCGCCGCCGCUAAAUACCCGGAUGCGCCGCCCGAGCGCCAGACGCAGAGCUGGGAAAGGGGAGGCGGAGGAGGCGGAGGCAGCGGAGGCAGCGCCGGGCGCCGGACUAGCGACAGGACGGUGGGGGCUAGGCCACGCAGAGCUGCCCGCGACCCGCGCCGGGGAGGACAGGAGCCACGCGUCGUCCGCGUCCCCGGCGGCCGCACUUUUCGCCGGGCCUGCUAGUCGAGCGGGAGAGCCCAUCCCAAGGCGGGUUCAGUCCAGCCACCGGCGGGGGCUGGCCCUUCGGAAGGCUCCUUGAGCAGCGGGAGCAGGCCGGCCACCAUGACCGAGAACUCCACGUCCACCCCGGCGGCGAAGCCCAAGCGGGCCAAGGCCGCCAAGAAGUCCACGGACCACCCCAAGUAUUCGGACAUGAUCGUGGCUGCCAUCCAGGCAGAGAAGAACCGCGCCGGCUCCUCGCGCCAGUCCAUCCAAAAGUACAUCAAGAGCCACUACAAGGUGGGUGAGAACGCCGACUCCCAGAUCAAGUUGUCCAUCAAGCGCCUGGUGACCACCGGGGUCCUCAAGCAAACCAAAGGCGUGGGCGCCUCGGGCUCCUUCAGGCUGGCCAAGGGCGAUGAGCCCAAGAGGUCGGUGGCUUUCAAGAAGACCAAGAAGGAAGUCAAGAAAGUGGCCACUCCAAAGAAGGCAGCCAAGCCCAAGAAGGCUGCCUCCAAAGCCCCAAGCAAGAAACCCAAAGCCACCCCGGUCAAGAAGGCCAAGAAGAAGCCGGCUGCCACGCCCAAAAAAGCCAAAAAGCCCAAGAUUGUCAAAGCCAAGCCAGUCAAGGCAUCCAAACCCAAGAAGGCCAAACCCGUGAAGCCCAAAGCCAGGUCCAGUGCCAAGAGAGCCAGCAAGAAGAAGUGACGGGGAAGGCUGUGCUUGUGGACACUCCUUCCUCCCUCCCGUUUUCUGUAAAUACAUUUCUCUCUUGAUCUUAUCGGCAACCCUUUGCCCAUUCUCUUCUGACUUUAUAUAAAAAGGACAGUUUGGAUUCCUCAGACAGACAUUGUGGAACGAGUCCAUUUCCCUUAACCCAUUGUGCAAAGACAGCAAACAGACCUGGUCUUUGUAGUGAAGUUGUACUUUUUUUUUUCUUGAUUUGAUGAUAACCUUCUUAACGGGGUUUGGGAUGGGGGGGUUGUUUUGUUGGGUGGUUUGUUCACUAUGAAGGUAAAUGGAACUGGCAAAGUUCUAGCUAGGUGAGGGGACCCAGGGACUAAGGUUUGUCUUUUAAGGCUUUCUUAAGUUGCUCAUCCUUUGGGAGUUUUGAAAACCUUUGGUGGGGAGCCGGUGAUACCCCAGCUAGCUGGCCAAGGAGGGAGGAAAGGAGAGAGACUCGUGGGGCUGCCCCACCAAGGCUGAGCAGUUGGACCUGUUUUUUUGUUUUUGUUUUUGUCUUCUGCCUGAGUGCCUCCCCAUUGUCUAGAAGGGGAAAGGGGUCCAAGUGACAGCUGGUUAGAGAAGCUAGCUUUCUCACACCCAGGAUCUAGCCAUUGGGGAAGGUCUUUUCAGCAGUCUCUGGUUAAAUGGGAGUGGAUUUAGGGGGAGGGGCGGGGAGUCAGCCAAGUGCCUCAGUGUGCCUAUGGAAACUUGGGUUUUUUCCACACGAUUGAUGGAUUGUGUCCCCGGAGGACUUUGUUCUCCGCCCCCCCCCCGCCCCGCCCCGUCCUGUAUAAGAUGUGGCUUUGCUUGGUGCCGCUUCAGUUCUGGCAGCUGCCACUUAAAGCCCCCAACCUCUUUUACUUUUUGAGGCUUUUCUAAGGAGCCGAGGAGGGGGAGAGGCAGGGCGUGGACUGGGACAUAUCGCAGUUGGUUUGAAUCUGCCAGAUUUAGAGAGCCAGAUCGUGCGCAUGUGUGUAUAUGUAGAUACCCGUACCUACGACUAGACUUUAGUCUCACUUCGGGAGCUGGGAGAAAAAACCUGUACAGUUGUCUUUCUCUUAUUUUAAUAAAAAUAGGAAACUCGAGCACCCCUCCCCCUUUUAAACACGUGUUCUCAGUGCCGGGAAAAUUUUGCUGUGGUUGUAAUUUUAAAACUUUAAAAUAAAACUGGAAAAGGAAAAAAA